UCCCUGAUAAUGGGACAUGCUGUACUUCUUACGUCAUAGUUUCCGUGAAAAUGAAGACCAAUAGAAAGGGGUCUUGUUCAAGACGCCUUUUCUCAACCAAUAGAAAUUACCAAUAAACAUUACUCAGAAGUGGGAAGGGCAGGUACUUGCGGUUGUGUUUGUAUCCGAGCUGUGAGAUUAAACUGGGCGGCGUGUUCUCGGUCCAAAGACCCACGUUGUGGUACAAGAUUUACACCAAACCUACCUGCACAUUUCUCAAUACAAUUUUAGGUACUCUGUCUGUACGAAAAGGAUGGGAGGCAACAGCAGCAGCCACGUCUCGUAUGAAGACGAACACGUUACUUUUGUGAAGGGCAUUCGGCUGACUGACAAAGUCAUCAAUCGAAUGAGAGAGGAGUGCCAGGCCCAGAAGGUUGUCCAACCUCGCUCACAGCAGAAUGGUCCUGCUUCCACGCUCUCAACAGAACCUGUGGUCCCUGUGUCCACACCGGCCCCCACAGUCAAUCAUUUGGUCCCCCUUCUGGUCUCCCCUUCCCUGUUUAUCCCCACAGCCCCUCCACCUGCGGUCCUACCCACACCUCCGUCUCCCCCUGUUCAGCCAGUAAAGCUUACUCCUCCACCUCCUGUCACAUUUGUCUCUGCUCCCUGUCCACCUGCGGCCCUACCCACACCUCCCUGUCCACCUGCGGCCCUACCCACACCUCCCUGUCCACCUGCGGCCCUACCCACACCUCCCUGUCCACCUAAGGAAUCGAUAGUCCGAGCUCCAGCUGUUGAACCUAUUGUUCCACCUCUAGAUACCAAAGUGCUUCCUCAAGGGGCAGAACCAAUACUUCCUCUGGUGCCUUUAGAACCUAUAGCGCCAUCUUUGGCCCCAUCUCCACCAAUAGAAGAACCCGUACUCCUAUGUACCCCUACCACUGAGGAACCUGUAGUUCUGCCGACACUGGCUGAACCUAUUGUCCCACUUGUCCCUAUAGAACCCGUAGUACCACCUAAGCCUGUGAAACCUAUGGUUCUAGCUUCUCCAGUUGUGGAACCAAUUGUGCUGCCUCCAGUGGUUGAAUCUGUUGUCCUACAUCACCCUGUAGAACAGGUAGACCCACUUACCCCUGACCCUUCACCUGUUGAAGCUAUUGUCCUGCCACCUGUUGUGAUUGAGGAAGUAGCAACACCUACCCUCGUAGAACCGGUAGUCCUGCCACCUGUUGUGGAAUCUGUCACCAUUACGACACCACUUGUUGUGGUUGAGGAAGUAGCAACACCUACCCUCGUAGAACCGGUAGUCCUGCCACCUGUUGUGGAAUCUGUCACCAUUACGACACCACUUGUUGUUGAAGAGGUUGUCCUACCCACACGUCCACCUGUAGAGCCCCUACCUGUCUCUACUCCUCCGCCUGUUGCAGAACCUCCCCCAGUCCUAGCACCUAUCCCAGAGCCUAUUAUGGAGGAACUUCCUCCAGCACCAUGUCCCUCCAUGGAGCUGGCCACCCUGCCUACUGCAUCGGCUGCUAGCAAACCAACUGAUCUCCCUCCCCCUGUAGAAGAGCCCGUAGCUCCCCCUCCUCCUCUCUCUGCCCCAGUAGAACCCAUGGCCAGCAUUCCACUACUCCCUCUCAUUGAAAACGUGGCUGAUCCAGUCGUGGCUCCUGUUGUGACCCCCCCUGUGAUCCCACUGCAACCUCCAUUAGUGGUAGAUGAAGAAGUGCUGAGGAGGCAGAUCCAAGCUGAGCUGACGAAGGGCCUGGAAGAGGAGAUGAAAGUGAAGCGGCAAGAGUUUGAAAAACAGUUGUAUGAGGUGAAGGUCCAGGCCAGAGCCCAGGCUCAGGCUGUAGCCCAGGCUCAGAUACAGGAGGAGGUUAAGAAAAUCCUGGCUGUGGAGAAGGCAGCGCAGGGAGAGAACCUGAUGGCGGCCAUAGAGAAGGAACGCAUGACCACAGAGGAUGAGAGACUCAUGGCCCAGCUCUACGCCUUGCAAUGGAUAGAGCUUAAGGCCCACAAACUGGAGGAGAAAGAGAACCAGGUGAAGAAACAAGAUGCACUCUUCAGGGAACAGGUCGCCAAGCUGGAAGAAAAGAGUGCUCAGUUCUUCAAAGUCACCACAGAGAACUUCAAGAAGGGCAGAGAGGACGCUCACAACACCUUCAAGCGUGUUGACAUCAAGCCAGUGUGUGGUGACCUGCAGAGUCAGAUCCUGAAGUGCUACAGGGAGAACACUGGACAGACCCUCACCUGCUCUGGCAUCGCCAACUUGUACAUGAAGUGUGUGGACAACCACAAGACUAAGAGCAUUGGAGGUUAGAAGAGCCUAAUUGUUCACCAAUGGCGUUACUGUUUAACUAGAGGGACCGGAGCUGAACGCCAUCAGCCAUCGAGACGCACCAAAAACCAGUUGAACUGUUCUGAGACCAUGACCACCCCAGCUGAAGACACUCCUGCUCCACCACAUCCCUUCCUCCCAUCCAUGGUAUCUGUAUUACCCCCCCCCGAGAGGGUCAGGGGUACAAUGACGAGCCCAUGUCCUGACCCAGUACAGGCUAGAGACUGGUACUGAUGUCAAAGGAUGUGAGAGAGAGCGCACAAUAUGGUUCUUGGGUACACAAAUGGACAGUGCUAUUAGCACUACACUGACGGAAAAUGGACAUUGUUACCAUGACUACACUAUGGCAGGAAAUGGAACCGGAAAUGCAACACGUGCACUACACUGACAGAAAAUGUACAUUGUUACUGUGACAGGAAAUGUGAGAAAUGUGAGAAAUGUGAGAGGUAUAAUAUAAAAUGCUUUAUACAUCUCCACCAAUGGAAAUAUUGGGAUUACGGUUUUGCCGUUGACAGCAGUAUGAAACAUAAUGGAAUGGCCAAGUUGUGAAAGAUAUUGUGCAUUGUUGAGUUAAUACGCACCUAUGCCUUAAUGUCCUAUCAAAACACAAAUGUUGCCUAUGAGAAAAAAAUAUAUUGUAAUUUUGAUCUUUAUUGUUAUAAAAUGCAAACGGAAAUGGGGGUGAAAA